AACACUGCCAAGCCCAAUAACAAACUUGUAUUUCCAUAUAUAGGAAAAUGUGUAUUGGAACUUUCUUUCAUUAUAAGACAGCUCAUUCAAGUGAACAAGUAUUCUUUUUAUUACUUUCUUAGACUUUGGUGACAUUACAGCAGGCAAUUGAGGAGGGAGGCUGCAACCGAUGGCGACUCUACCAACGUAGAGGAGUACACAGCAACAGUGACCAGCUACAUCAGCAAGUGCAUUGAUGAUGUUACUCUGUCCAAGACCAUCACUAUACGCGCUAACCAGAAGCCAUGGAUGACCACAGAGGUGCGUGCGCUGCUGAGAUCCCGCGACUCCGCCUUCAGAGCAGGCAACAAGGCAGCUCAAACAGUAGCGAGGGCCAAACUGUCCUGAGCCAUCAGGGGGGCAAAGUGUGCACGUGCCCAGCUAAUCCACAGCCACUUCCAGGACAGCGGCGACACGCGGCGCAUGUGGAAGGGCAUCCAGGACAUCACCAAUUACAGGACAACAUCACCUGACUGUGCAGGUGAUGCCUCCCUCCCAGAUGCGCUGAAUAACUUCUAUGCCCGGUUUGAGGCGGAAAAUGACAUGGCGGCCAGGAAGUCCACCCCUCCUACGAAUGACCAGGUGCUGUGUCUCACCGUGGCCGAUGUGAGGAGAACCCUGUACAGGGUCAACCCACAGAAUGCUGCUGGACCAGACGAUAUUCCUGGUAGAGUGCUCAGAGGAUGUGCAGACCAGCUAGCAGAUGUUCUCACUGACAUCUUCAACAUCUCCCUGAGCAACGCCACCGUUCCAACAUGCUUCAAGGCCGCCAUCAUCGUCCCCAUGCCGAAGAAGUCUUCAGUGUCCUGCCUCAAUGACUACCGUCCCAUUGCACUUACAUCCUGUGGUAAACUAUGUAUAUCUGUCUGGACACGCCCUUCUGCUGACUGCUCCUGUGGCUCCUCCCACAGACCCCUGUAUAAAGGCAAUUCGGGCACUGCUGUUCCCUCAGUCUCCGACAUGUCGUGCUCCCUUUUCGCUGUUAAUAAAAGCUUAUCGUUCACUUCCAGUCUCCUAGAGUUAUUGAUGGUGCAUCACAUCCAUCAUCAUGAGGUGUUUCGAGAGGCUCAUCAUGAGGCAUAUCAAGACCCUGCUGCCCCCCUCACUGGACCCCCUGCAGUUUGUGUACCGUCCCAACCACUCAACAGAUGACGCCUU